UUCUGACUCAAACACGUAUCGGACGAGACCUGCAUGCGAUAAAGAGAAGUGCGAGCUCUUACAUCAAGAACGCCGAUCUGUCCAUCCACGAAGCCGCGUUCUCAGAGAAUACCUCUCAUGGUUGCUUUCUAAAAAUGGUUGUCCUGAAAUCACUCCUAGUGCCCCGGCCAGUGUAAGCCAAGACACUCUCGAGGCAGCGAGACGCAUUGCCGUAUCGAACUAGAAGUAACAAUGUUCAGCGUUGACAGUGCCCUGCUUAUCGCAUUCAUCGUCUUUGCUUCCUUCAGUGCUGUUCGCUGGUUGAUAAGACAGCGCCGGAAAUGCUUUGAUGCAUUUGAAGGCACCGGAGUACCGACCGUGCCACUUCGGAGCAUCGUAAAUGGCAAUUCGGACGAGUACUGGAAGCCCACAGUCCUCCAACGCCUGGACAGAUGGCUUGAAGAAUACGGAGACGUUUUUGGGUUCUUCAUUGGCGACACGCCAAUGGUCGUGGUGAAAGAUGUCGACAUGAUACAUGAUAUAUUCAUCAAGAACUCAAGCAACUUUCAAAGUCGUGGCCGCACAUUGCACAUCUACGAAAUGGACCCCUUGUUCAAGAAGUACAUCAUCCUGUCGAAAGGUGCUGUGUGGAGAGAAUCAAGAACUUGCAUGUCACACUUCUUCACGGCGUCGAAGCUCAAAGCGGUGAUGCCCUCUCUGCUGCACGCACAGCAGCAGUUCAUCGAUGUUCUCGGCGAGCACGCCGACAGUGGAAUUGAGGCGGACAUCAACAGCCUGUGCGAACGCUUCACCUUCGAUGUGAUUGGCAAGUCGGCGUUCGGCAUCGACACAAACGUACAACGGAAUCCCGAGAUGCCAAUGUUUAGAGCAGCCCUGGAUGUCCUACCAAAUCUUAAUUCUGGAUUAUUCUACAAUUUAGGUCAGAAUCUUUACCAUUGGCCUUGGCUCUUGAAAAUACCGGCGAAGUUAAUUGCGGUUUUGUACACGAACCCUUUUGCUGACCUUACUAAGAGAGCCUCAGACGUCAUUCGAUUCCGGCGAAAGAAUCCACAGGUACAUCUGCCGGACAUGGCUCAGAUACUUCUCGACGGCCUAGCCAUUGCAGAAAGCUCCGCCGAGAAAAAUAAUAAGGACCAGGUAGACAACACAGCCCCGCUGCCUCCGGAGACGCUCAAUCAACUGUCUUCAAAUUGCAUGACAGUCUUUCUAGGAGGGUACGACACCACAAGACUAGCAUUCACGUACUGGUUUUAUCUUAUGGGAAAGCAUCAAGACGUGCAAGAGAAAAUGCGAGAAGAGGUGAUUAGCGCUUUCGAAAAGGAGGGAGAUGUUUUAUCUUACCAAACACUUUUGACCCUCCCAUACACAAACCAAGUCAUUUCUGAGACACUGAGGAUAUAUCCACCAAUAAUAACGUUUACGUCGCGGUGCCCUGACAAAGAUUAUCGCUACGGGAAAUACCUGAUUAAGAAGGGAACAUCUGUCAUGGUGCCCACAUACCAAUUGCAUCAUGAUCCGAAAUAUUGGGACUAUCCUGAGAAGUUUGUACCCGAAAGGUUCAGUCCCGAGAACAAAGAUCGCAUCAACCCGACUGUUUAUCAGCCCUUUGGUCUGGGACACCGCAUAUGCAUCGGCCAGCGUCUGGCCCAAGUAGAACUUGCUUCAGCUACUACAGAAGUCCUUCGUCAUUACCGCAUCAUGCUGGGCGCCUCUCAGAAGAAAGACCUCGAGCUGGACACGUACUCUUACUUGGCCGUGCCAAAGGAAGCUGUUAGAAUUCGACUACACAGGCUCAGCCGCGAGAAAUGAGUCGUCCUUUACUAUUUUCUGCCGACAGGUGCAUACGAGCAACAUAUGGAGAAUAACUCCUCAUUUAGAGCAUAAAUCAAUAUAUGUAUACAAACAUGAUUAUUUCUUCUUGACAUGCGUUGCCUUUUAGAACAAGCAACCUGCCUGUUUUGUCGGUUGCUCUUUAUUCUUAUAUUUCACAGUUUAUACCUCAUUCUUAUAAUACUGCAGCUUAAACACACGAAAUAUAAAAUAAGUAUUUGUACAUCCGUUCGGCGAUGUGUGCACUUGACUGUAGCUAUUUCACCACAAAACGAUCAAGUAGUGUAAUUUAAAGCAAAUAUUUCAGCCACUGUUACGAUACUCCCGAAUCCAAACUAAAGCGCAGUAGUAUUCGGGUAUUUGUGGAGCUCAGCCUCCGCUCGCGUUGUUCGUUUAACAGCAACGCCAGACGAUGCACAUCUAUUGAUUGCGGUCAAACGGUGCCACUCUGUAAGUCCCGCUAAUUGCACCUUGGAAGCAUUGAACGAGCGAACGUGGAAGGAGGCUGCACUUGCUGCA